AUGGUUCAACAAAUAAUGCCCCUGAUUAAUGAUAUCCCUGAAUUGUGUAGUGUUUAUAUCUUCAGUAACAAUAAAUCCCAGCAUGAAGAAUGGACAACAAAAUGGCAAAAAAUCAAGAGCGUUCAUACUAACAUCGAUGACUUAUGCCAAUCAUUAAAAAUCGGUAUCAAGCAAUUCAAUCAAGAUUCGAUUGCCAUGAGUUUUAUUACGGUAAAUGAAAUGGCAUCAACUGAUAAUUUGAAUCAAUUAGAACCAACAUUUAUGUAUACUCAAAUAUUCAAGGAUAUUCUUCUUGAUAUGAAACAUGAUGAACAGGCGAUCAAACAGUUUAUUAAUUAUUGUCGAAAAAAUAACAGUAUGUCACCAAUCAAUAUUGAUCGUUUUGAGAAAAACUACCAGGCUCAGUCCGCUAUUUGGUGGUAUACUUCAUUCAAUAUCUAUUCUAUGCUCAAUUAUGCUCUUCGAACACUCGACGCUGAUGCAAUUAUUACUAUGGGUUUUUUUAUGUGUCGUCUGCAUCAACAAAUCCAACAGCUACACCAACAACAGUUUGAUACUGAUCAUGGCGAACCAUUCAUAGUUUACCGGGGACAAGGUCUUAUGAAAUCAGACUUCGAAAAGCUUCAGAAAUUAAAAGGUGGACUUAUGUCAUUUAAUAAUUUCUUGUCCACUAGCACAGAUAAAGCAGUAUCUCUCCAAUUUGCUGAUUGUGCUUCGGCAAUACCGGAUACGGUGGGCAUUCUCUUUAUAAUGUCCAUUGAUCCUUGCUUGAAAUCAACACCAUUUGCCUCCAUCAAAGAGGAAAGUUAUUUUAAGGAAGAAGAUGAAAUUCUCUUCUCAAUGCAUACCGUCUUUCGAGUGAAUGCAGUUAAACAAACGGGCAAUAAAAAUGAACUUUAUCAAAUCGAAUUAGAAUUAACAUCGGAUGAUGAUCAACAACUACGAUCACUUACUGAUCGAAUACGAGAAGAAACUGGUAGUAAUACUGGAUGGAAAAGAUUGGGUAAAUUAUUGCUUACAAUUGGUCAGUUUCAUAAAGCUGAAGAACUUUAUAACGUGUUACUCGAACAGACAUCUGAUGAGGAUGAAAAAGCGCUUGAUUAUAAUCAGCUGGGAUAUAUCAAACGUAACCAGGGUGAUUAUGAAAAGGCAAUCUGGUAUUACGAGCAAGGACUUGAAAUUAACCAAAAAACUCUUCUUUCAAAUGAUCCUUUGUUGGCUACUUCAUACAACAACAUCGGUAGUGUGUAUGAUAACAUGGGAGAGUACUCGAAAGCACUUUCAUAUUACGAAAAAGCACUUGAAAUCUUUCAAAAUACUCUUCCUUCAAAUCAUCUUGAUUUUGCUACUUUAUACAACAACAUCGGUACUGUGUAUGACAAUAUGAGAGAGUACUCGAAAGCACUUUCAAUUUAUGAAAAAGCACUGGAAAUUGAUCAAAAGACGCUUCCUACAAAUCAUCCUUUGUUAGCUACCUCAUACAACAACAUCGGUAUGGUGUAUGCCAGCAUGGAGGACUACUCAAAAGCACUUUCAUAUCACGAAAAAGCAGUUGAAAUUCGAGAAAAAAAUCUUCCUCCAAAUCAUCCUGAUUCAGCUACUUCAUACAACAAUAUCGGUAGAGUGUAUAACAAGAUGGGAGAGUACUCGAAAGCACUUUCAUUUUAUGAGAAAGAUCUUGAAAUUCAACAAAAAACUCUUCUUUCAAAUCAUCCUAAUUUGGCUGUUUCAUACAACAACAUCGGUAGAGUGUAUGACAAUAUGGGAGAGCACUCGAAAGCACUUUCAUAUCACGAAAAAGCACUGGAAAUUGAUCAAAAGACGCUUCCUACAAAUCAUCCUUUGUUAGCUACCUCAUACAACAACAUCGGUUCGAUGUAUGACAACAUGGGAGAGUACUCGAAAGCGCUUUCAUCUCACGAAAAAGCACUUGAAGUUCGGCAAAAAACUCUUCCUUCAAAUCAUCCUCAUUUGACGCAGUCAUACAACAACAUCGGUAUUGUGUAUAAGAAAACGGGACAGUAUUCGAAAGCACUUUCAUCUCUUGAAAAAGCACUUGAAAUUCAACAAAAUACUCUUCCUUCAAAUCAUCCUGAUUUUGUUACUUCAUACAACAAUAUCGGUAGUGUGUAUAACAGCAUGGGAGAGUACUCAAAAGCACUUUUAAUUUACGAAAAAGCACUUGAAAUUUGGGAAAAAACUCUUGCUUCAAAUCAUCCUAAUUUGGCUACUUCAUACAACAACAUCGGUUUGGUGUAUGACAACAUAGGAGAGCACUCAAAAGCACUUUCAAUUUAUGAAAAAGCACUUGAAAUCUUUCAAAAUACUCUUCCUUCAAAUCAUCCUUCAUUGGCUACUUCAUAUAACAACAUCGGUAUGAUGUAUAAGAAGAUGGGACAGUACUCGAAAGCACUUUUAUAUCACGAAAAAGCACUUGAAAUUCGAGAAAAAACUCUUGCUUCAAAUCAUCCUGAUUUGGCUGCUUCAUACAACAACAUCGGUAGUGUGUAUAACAGCAUGGGAGAGUACUCAAAAGCACUUUUAAUUUACGAAAAAGCACUUGAAAUUUGGGAAAAAACUCUUGCUUCAAAUCAUCCUAAUUUGGCUACUUCGUACAACAACAUCGGUUUGGUGUAUGACAACAUAGGAGAGUACUCAAAAGCAUUUUCAUAUUACGAAAAAGCAGUUGAAAUCUUUCAAAAUACUCUUCCUUCAAAUCAUCCUUCAUUGGCUACUUCAUAUUGGUGCAUGGGUAGUGUGCAUGAAAAUAUGAACGACUAUGUGAAAGCACUUUCGUAUUUGGAACGUGCUCUGGACAUAUUACAGCGUGCAUUACCGCCAACUCAUUCUAAUAUUAAAGAUGUAAAAGAGAAUAUUGAAAUUGUAAAAAGGAAAUUAUGA